CUAGCGAGUAACAGGCGGCAGGCCGGUAUCGUCGGCAAGCGUUGAAGCCGUUUAUUGUGGGGACGCCUUAUGGACAAGCGUUAACGCCAUCGCCGAGCAGUCUUUCAUCAACAUAACCUCUCACGGUAAACAACUUGCCAACAAGUGAGAAGAGACAUUCUGCUUUCUAGACAAACUGAUAUUUUUUAAAGACUGAUCAAAGCAAGGUAACAUCAUGGUUCCUGGUACAGUUGAGGACCAACAAGCAGAUGUUAUUUUUGUUGUUGAGGGUACAGCCAUCAAUGGAGCUUAUUUAAAUGAUCUGAAAACAAACUAUAUUAUUCCAUCUUUGCAAUAUUUCAGCCAAACCAAACUAGAUGAUUGGGAUUACAUUGAGAAUCAGUGUGUUAUAUAUGGAUUAGUGGUCUAUCACGCAGCAGAUUGUUUGCCAUGCCCAAGCAGCGAUUCUUAUGGACCAUUUUCUAGCCCUCAAAAACUCCUGAACACGCUUGAAACUAUUGAAAUGGUGGGUGGAAAAGGUGAAGCCCAUGCCAACAUAGCCGAAGGACUAGCCACUGCGCUUACAUGUUUUGAAGAUUUGCGAUUAAAAAGAGCUGACAUGGGAAUGGUCCAGAAACACUGUAUCCUUAUUUGUAACUCGCCUCCAUAUCAACUUGCAGCAAUGGAAAUGUCUCCCUUUUGUGGGAAAACUGUUGAACAGCUUGCUUCUCUUUUUUCUGAGCAUGGCAUUAAUCUCUCCAUUUUGUCGUAUCGUAAAAUACCAGCAUUGGUUAAGCUUUAUGAGAUAGCAGGUGGUGACCUUCAGAUUUCUCAAACCAAAAAUUAUGCCAAAGAUCCCAAGCAUCUAGUUCUUUUAAAGGGAUUCAGUCUUCAAGAAAGACCAGUCAGUCCAAGUCCUCCAGCUGGAAGUCAGUUACCUAUUCCGAGUCAGCAAGGGACACCAGUGCAAACUGGUCAAACCGGACAGGCAGGUCAGCCAAACCAACAGACACCACCACAAUCUCAAGGUUCCAGCCAAGGAGUGCCGCCCUCACCAGUUUCACUGCCAGUUCCUUCAAUGGCCAGCCCACUUCCAAAUAUUGGAAGUCCAAUCACAAGUGUUGCGUCAAGUGUUGGAACUGUUGGCCAACAACAGCAGUCCAUAAUGACUGGUCCAAAUGUAUUUAGGGGCAACCAGCAAAUACCUCAAAGUGUUCAAGGCAUGAUGCAAGGGAACACACAACAGCAACAAAAUCAACAAUUAGCACAGCAGCAGCAGCAGCAGCAGCCUCAGCAACAGCAGUCACCGCAACAACAACAACAACAACAACAACAGGCUGCCCAACAAGGUGCUCAGGGAAUGAUGGGGAUCAUGUCUGGCCCAAGACCCCCAUUUCCUCAACAGCAGCCACCGGGCUAUCCCUCUAUGCCUGGGGCGCAGGGUAUAGGAUCAGGGCGACCUCAAUGGCGAACACAAGGUCCAAUGCAGGGACAGGCUCGUCCUCAGUUUUUGCAGGGUCAAGGGUUUCCUGGUGCCAGUACACCUCAGCAACCAGGCUCUGCUCUCAUUGCUCAGCUCACUCAACCACCAUCCAGUAUGGGACCUGGAGUUAAUCAAUCACAACUUCAGUCCCAGUUUGGAGGACAGACUGUUGGUGCUCAGCCACAAAUGCGCAUCAAUCAAAUGCUUGGCGCACAGGGCCAGGCUCUUAAUCCUGGGCAAGGUUCAGUUGUUCCUCAGGGAGCUCAAGGACCAGUACAACAGCAAGGACCCAGCCCACAACAGCAGCAGCAGCUUCAACAAGCACAGCAGCAACAGCAAGCCCAACAACAAGCCCAACAACAAGCCCAACAGCAAGCCCAACAGCAAGCCCAGCAGCAAGCCCAGCAGCAAGCCCAGCAGCAAGCCCAGCAGCAAGCCCAGCAGCAAGCCCAGCAGCAAGCCCAGCAGCAAGCCCAGCAGCAAGCUCAGCAGCAAGCUCAACAGCAAGCUCAACAACAAGCUCAACAGCAAGCUCAACAGCAAGCUCAACAGCAAGCUCAACAGCAAGCUCAACAGCAAGCACAACAGCAAGCACAAGUACAACAACAAUUACAGCAACAACAGGUUCAGCAGGGUCAACAACAGCAAGUGCAACCAGUCCAGCCAGCUUUGCAAGAACAAGCCAGACAUUUCAUCUGGAGCGGAAUUUUGGAGUGGGUCUUGAAACCUAAUAAGACUCCCAAUCCAAAUCAAACAAAAGUACCAAAACAGGUCCAAUGCCAAGUAUCUUCAAAUUCCAAAGAUCUUCCGGGACUGUCUGCUGAAACAUGGCCUCAGAAACUUCUUAUGCAAUUGAUGCCCAAAACUCUUAUUGGUAGUAUUGGUGGGCCAUAUCUGAAAAACUCUAAAUCUGUCACUUUUCAUCCAGAACCAUGUCCUGCCUUGGAUAAUCUUGUGCAGGUUUUGCUUUCAGGCUAUGCUGGGUGUGUCCAUUUUACUGGUUGCAGCAACACUUGUGCAAUUAAAAUUCUCAUCCUGCUUUAUCAGGCAGAAAAAAAAUUGUUUCUAGGAUUCAUUCCUAAUGAUCAAACUGGAUUUGUUGAUAGAUUACGUAAACUUAUUCAGAUGCAGAAACAGGGAAAUCAGAGGGCCCUUCAGCAAGCACAGCAACAAAACCAGCAAGCCCAGCAGGCUCAGCAAGGAAUGAUGAUCUCUCAGACUAAUCAGAUGGCUAUGGUAGGUGGUCAAAUUACUCAGGUCGCUGCUGGUGGCCCUGGUCCUCAACUUCAGGGUUUGGGACAGCAAGCAAACUCGGGUCCUAGCCAAGGACCUUCAGGGCCAAUGGGUCCAGGAAUGGUUGGCUCUCAAAACCCUAUGGGAAUGCAGGGAGUUGAUGGUAACAUGGGUAUGCGUAUGCAAGGCCCAGGUGCUGUUGGGCAAGGUCCUCAAGGCUCCCAAGGUGGGCCAGCAGGUAACAUCAUGGUUCGCAACAUGUUAGGAUCGAUGCAAGGUUCUAUACAGCGAGCCAUGGGCCCUCAGGUGCCAGGACAAGAUAUGCAGCAACAGAUUAAGCAGUUUGAGCUCAUGCAGAAAAUGCAACAACAACAACAAAAGCAGAAUGUGAACAUGGACAUGGGUCAACAAGUUCUUGAUAAUGAUCAAGGAAAGUUUAGAGCUCAGCUGCAGCUCCAACAAUUGCAGCAAAAGCAAAUGAUACCUCAAGGCAUGCAGCAACAACAGCAACCCCAACAGUUUCAACAAGUUCAAAUGCAAAACCCACAACGAAUGGUGCGACCAAGUACUGGUAAUCCGGGACUAAGAAUGCUACUUCAGCAGCAGCAACCUUAUCGGCCACAAAUGAUGAUGCAAGGAGUAAGAAACCCACAUCAGCAAACAAAUCCAAACAUGCAGCACCAGUUUGAAGAAUUCUAGUUGUUCUCUUCUCUCUAGGUUUCAUGUAGGUUUUAAAAUCGAUAGAUGCACUGGCUUUGUAUUCAGCUACUAGCGUUCCAUCUGUAUUUUCAUUUAAAUUACUUUUCACAUUAGAGCCUGUUAACCCAUUGAUGUAUUGAUGUACUUGCUCAUGUACAAUGUUUUGUGCAGUGUUGUAUCUUGCUGUGAUAUGAUUGUAUCCAAAUGACUGUUAUAUAGUUUUUAUUGGUGCUAUGUUUAUUUUGAUUUACAAUUUCACGUGCUUCCUGACUGCCUUCAGAUGGUACGAAUGGUAUAGUAUGUUCUUUAUAUCUGUUAUCUUAUAAAAACCUCAUAAAUUGCAUAGGACCAAUUACUUUAAAAACGAUUGAGAAGUGUAGUUUAUCCUGUGAAGUGUGUACAUCAUCAUACCUUUUCACUUUGUACCUGAUAUACCAAACAACUAUUAUGUUUUUGACAGAGCUUUGUAUAAUGAAAUUUAUUUUGUUGUAACUUUUGCCAAUUUAUGGAUAUACCAUCCAGUAAUUGUUGAAAUAUGUUAUGAUGACACAUAUUCUAUAUUUGGAAAGUUAUGGGUCAUCUCAAGCCCAGAAAUUGAACUUAAACUGAAAUUAUAUUUUUUUAAAUGAUCUAAAAACAGUUGACAAUAAUUAUAAAAAUGGUUCUGACCAAGUUGUAUAUGUAUUAAUUGUUAUCACCUGUUGUAUUUUCUUGUCCAUAUUAAUGUUGAAUUACAAACCAAAUUCACCAAAACAACAAUGUAAAGUAAAUAAUAUGGAAACAGAGUGAAAA